CCGCUCCUCAGGAUGGGAGAGCCGGCGGCUCCCAUUGGGCAGCUGUCACUCGCCGCUCGUCUGCCAUUGGCUAACCGCUGACAGAACGCUCUCGCCAUUGGGUCGGGAGGAAUGUAAACCCUCUCCGAGGUACGGGGGAGCUCAUUGGUUGGUAGAAAAGCUUUAGCUCCUGAUUGGAUAGGUGGGGAGCACCGCGAGCCAUUAUUGGUCCAGAAGGAAACCUAGCGGUGGACGGCUGGAGUAGCGGGUGCAGCUCCGCAGUUGGCGACAAGCAGAGCGGUCGGUUAGCCGCGGUCUGUCUCUGGCGAGGCGGGUCAGGACGGGUCCCUGGAGGGAACCGGACGAAGUAACCGGAGUUCCCCCGCCUUGCAGCCCCAUUGGCCGUUCCCAGAUGAGCGGUGUCCCGCAGCUGAUUGGCCAACUCCGAGCCUUUACCCAAUGAUGGGCCGCGUCUCCCUGCGAUUGGCCAUUCGCCGCUCCCGUCGAGCCCGGGCUCGCCUCAGCCCGGGAGCCAAUCAGCGAGCUGCUAUCACGGGCCGCGGGGGCCGGGACGGCAGAGAGCGGCGCUCCCAUUGGCUGGGCCCUGCGCGGGUUGCGGUUUGAAUCGGCGGCGCCGAGCGGGAGCAAUGGCCAAGUAUAAGAAAUGCAGACGAAAACACAGAGCUCGAGCAGAAUUUCUACAGGGAAAAAAAAGAGAUGCUGCAGACUUCCAGGGCUCAGGCUGUUCUCCACGGUCAGCAGGUGAUCUUCCUCUGAACACAUCAUCUGUCCCAAGCCGUCUGUCCACACUCUGGUCACUAGCCUUGCCAUGUGUGAAAAACGUGGUAAAACCCUUCACAACAACAGCGUCAUUUUUGUACUGUUGGUGCCAGAACACGGUUGCACAGACUUUUAAGGUGGUUAAAGAGGCCAUAUUUCCGUCACAAAUCUACUUAAGGGAGCUAAAUACGUUCAGAGAGCAGCUGAAAAAGUUGGAAACUGAAUUGUCCAGACUACAAGGAGCACUCCAGAUGAAUGGAACCACAGCCUCAUCUUCAGAAAGCUCUCUUUGUCAAAGGUGUAACAGACCAGUUGUGGGUGCUCCUGUACCAAUGCAGAUGGACCUGCCAUCACCAGUAUCCAGGCCUUCUGCAAUACAGCUGCAGCCUUCAUUUGCACCACCUCCACCUCUUCCUCCUCCACCACCUCCACCACCUCCACUGCCCCCACCAAAACUGCCUCCAGCACCUCUCCUCCUCAAAAGGGGCAAUGGCUCCAAAGCAGUUCUGAUACCACCAGUGAAAAAAGAUGGGCCAAUGCAGAUCACCCUCAGAGACCUCCUGAAUGUUAAACUGAGGAAGGCAGAUGGCAGAAGCAGGAUGGACAAGGCAGAAUCACCAGUGAGGACAUGCAGGGCCUUAAUUACAGUCUCAGAUUUACAGAGUGUUAGUCUGAGACCUAAAACCAAGUCAUCUGCUCAUGUUACAAACUCCUUAAUUACCCCUCCUAAAAAUCACUUAGAUCUUCGAAAACAUCUGAAGAAAGUCAAUAUCCAGAGGAGUCCUGGAGGCACUCCACUAAAUGGCAAAGAAAACACAGAAUGUGGGUCUGGGUUGACACCAUUAAUGACACAGGCACUACGGCGCAAAUUUCAGAUGGCACAUCCAAAGAGCCCAUCACCUGCCCGGCUGAGUGCUGCAAACAGCUUUGACGAAUAGAAGUAGUUUAUGGAACACUGCGUUUGUCACCUCUGGUUAGAAAGCCCUUCGAAUGCUGUUUUUCUCUUGCUCAGAAUUAUAUAUUUGCAAGUAAAUCUUGUGUGUACAAGAACAGGAUUUUAUAAACCCCCUUUGGCAGAUUUCUGCUUUUUAAAGGCAAUGUCUUUCUAACAUGUUUCGGUUUGGUUGCAUCUUAACGGAGAAAAAACUAAGAAACUUCCUGAGUCUCUUGAUACCUGAGGCAGGGACUGUUUGUGUGCCCAGCACCGGUGCUGCUUGUGAUAUAAAUAUGUGCAUAUGUAGCGUAUUAAGGCAUGAACUGCA